ACGAUACAGACGUGUCUCUGCUGCGGUGCGUAGAAAAUACGAAUCCUUCGAAUCCUUCGCUUAGAGCGGUUGCUUGUAUUGAGUGUGUGUUUGUAUGUGGGGUGACCGAGAGUGUGCAUUUUGAUAAGCGGAAUCCUACGAGCCCAUGGCUAUGCAGCACCGCUGCAAUACAACGUUAGCAAGAAGAAAACAAAUUAGCGCGUAUCGCGACGAUUUCCGGUGGUCACAAUUGUACCCGCAUUAUACCUCCGUGGCGAAAGUAUAAUAUUUUAAAACAAAACAAGUUAACAGCGACCGAGUACGGCGAACCGAUCAACUCGCGCCAAAAUGUACGACCACGACGAAAUCAGCAGCGGGUUCCACGACGUUCUGCUCAGCAAAUACAAUGAGUCAGCUGCCCCGAUGUCGGAACUCUACAUGACCGACUCCAUGCAGGAUAUGCUGGAUAUUGACAUAAAGUCAGAGGUGGCCACGGUGGUGGGCGGUGUGAACGAGUUCGUGUCGCUGAUGAACUACGAACUGAUGCCCUCCCUCGAGCUGGACUCGAACUCACUCGGGACGGACAGUUUCUUCAGCAACGCACUGUCGUCGGGCGGUUGCAACACCGAUCUCUAUACGGAUGUGGGCACCUGCGCUAACCCAAACUACGUCAUGCCUGUCGUUUCCCCGAACGCCUCGUCCAUUUCGCUGUCGAACGCGACAUCAUCCUCGACGUCCUCCUCGAUGAGCGCCCUGGUGGCGGCUCAGUCGCUGCUGAAAUCACCGAAACAGACCCUCACUCUCAACACCACCGUGCACGGUACGUGGCAGAAUCCGACGUUACCGAGUCCGAAGGAGCGCAAAAGCCACCUCACCUUCUCACCGAACAUGAUCAAGGUGCCGAUGGUAGUGCAGGAGGCAAAGCGGGUAUCUAAUAUGACGCAAAUCACCCGGGUGACCGCCGCACCGGGUUCCGGUGGCAUCGUCUCGACAAAGUACAGCAGCAAUCCCGCGAGGUCAGCCGUAACGACCUCACCGGUGACAACGCGACCGGUGGAGAACGUCCGGAAGGAUCUAUCCGCGCAAAUGACACAAAUUAAGGAGGAAAAGAUGGUCAUCCGCAACGUCGGUACAGCGUCAGUGAGCAAGAGUUUAAGUGAACACCAACAACAGCUUUCCAGCGGAAAUAAUAGUUCAACGGAGCCGGUUGUGCAGCGGACAGUGUCCUCUCCAGUGCUAGGCGUCGGUUUGGGCAAGGGGAACACGAUCAAACUGGCGGCCGGCAUCGGUGGCCUGACGUUCGCCAACAGCGUGCAGUUCAAGAACCUCAAGAGCGUGCAGAAGAUCACCGGCCUCGGGUUGAAUGGGGGUGUGCUGAAGCGAGAAUCGAGCCCACAGCGGCAGAUGAAUGGCAAUGGUGGCGUUGCGAGCCCGAAAACGUUCAGCCGGAACGUGAUCCUGCAGCAGGGUAAGUCCUCCUCGCCCGGUCCUGGUUCACCGACGAUGGUCGCCAGACACAUCCACUCGAGUGCCACAUUGACACCACCCGGGCCGAAGCAAAGGAAUUCGCACGCCAAGGGAAGCGGCGGAUCGGGAGCCGCGGACAGUGGAUUCCCAAAGCCGGCCUACUCUUACUCCUGCCUGAUCGCGAUGGCGCUGAAGAACUCGCGCUCGGGCUCGCUGCCCGUUUCCGAGAUCUACAGCUUCAUGUGCGAGCACUUCCCGUACUUCAAGACGGCCCCGAACGGCUGGAAAAACUCCGUCCGGCACAACCUGUCGCUGAACAAGUGCUUCGAGAAGAUCGAAAAGCCCGCCACGAACGGCGGCCAGCGGAAGGGCUGCCUGUGGGCGAUGAAUCCGUCCAAAAUCACCAAGAUGGAUGAGGAGGUGCAGAAGUGGUCCCGCAAGGAUCCGCUAGCCAUCCGGCGCGCCAUGGUUCACCCGGACAAUCUGGAGGCGCUCGAGCGUGGUGAAAUGAAGCACGGUUCCACCGGUGAUGACGAUCUCGACCCGGAGGAGGACCUCGAAAGCGACGGUGGGCCAUCGGACGUCGACGCGGAGGAAGUUGACGAGGAAGAGGUGCCCGAGCCGGAGGAGGAGGAAGAGGAGGAAGAAGACGAUGUGGAGCUGAUCGAGCAUCCGCACGAAACGAUCGACGUCGAUGCGGAAAGUUUCAUCAUCAACACACCGGAAUCGUUGAUGGACGGGGACGAGGAUGGGGCCGAUCAGGUGGAUUUCGAUCUGGAGGUGCCAGAUUUCUACGAAGACCUUAACGUCGACUCGAAAGACGGUGUAUUGACGAUGGAAUUUACGCAACAGGACCUGCUUUCGCUGGAGGACGAAGAUGAGUCGCUCUACAUCCAUCAAGCACCGCACCAAAACUUGGUCCAACAUCGACUCCCGCAGCACUAUCACACCCAAAUCAUCUCCCGCCAGCAGCAACAACAACCAGCGGCGAAAAGGGCCCGGCUCGAUGUGAACUACUCCCUUUCACCGACGCAAAAUGGCACCAGCACCAACAAUAACAACAGCAACGGAGCCGGUAUGUUAAACUUCAUCACCACCCGCCACCCGACGAUAAGCUCCUCGAAUGGCGGAACCGUCAAGAACGGUGGCGGCGGUGCCGUUACCGUGGUGAACGCCGACGGUACACUUGGGCUCAGUUUCCAGCAGCAGUUCCAGCUGGCCCACUCUCAUCAGCAGCGGCAAGCGCAGCACCAGCACAGCAAUAACCGACGGAAGAUGCCCAUGAUCACCCGAUUAGCUUAGUAGAGCAGUGUUGGGACGUGGAUGAGUAAUGGUCGAAUUAGUUCGAUGGUAAGUUCACCGAAAUCGGGAAUGUGUGCUUGGAGAUGGAGGUAUAGUGUCCUAUAGGAUGCUUCCCUCUGUGCAGAAAAAACUCCAGCUGUCACGUGACGGUCGGUUUAUUUUGGUAUCGUUUUAGAAAAGUUUACAUAUUUAUUUUUACACCACUGAAUUUGAUACGCCAUUUUUUUUUUGCUCGAUCGGUGCUUAGUACUGGAUAGUCCAUAAACCAGAAUUUACAAUAGGGUCGAUUUCAUUCUGUCUAUCGAAUACUAUUUAUACAAUUUUUUUCACAUCUUUUUGACGGUUAUUAAUAAAUAUGUUAUACUAUUCGAGGCAUAUAAAAUUGAAAAAGAACAGAAUGCAUUGGUUCUCCAAAAACAAAACCACCAACGUAGCAAAAAGAUCAAUUUUCACAAAAAAAAAAAAACUAUCCUCCUACAUUUUGGAUUAA